UACCUGGACCUCCGUUUGACCAAAAACAGGCAGACAUAUAAGAUGUUUACCUCUGCAACCUCUGUCUUCCUCUAAUUUAGGCAUUGCACGUGCCAACAACUCUGUUAUGUGAGGAUGGCUUUGUAAAAACCCUGGCUCUUCACAUUCGUCGGGAUUCCCCGCAAUAUUCUCAACAAGAAAAAAAAAUCCGCAAAAAUGGACAAUGAAAGUGUAGGACAAAGAUACGAGCCUGUCGCCGAGAUUGGCGAAGGUGCUUACGGAAAGGUGUACAAGGCACGAGAUUUGAAGAACGCGGGACGCUUUGUAGCCCUAAAAAGAGUUCGGGUUCAGACGGAGGAGGAAGGGAUGCCCCUCUCGACCAUCCGUGAGGUGGCGGUACUGAGGCAACUGGAGGCAUUCGAACACCCCAACGUGGUCAGACUGUUCGAUGUGUGUACUGUGUCUCGGACCGACCGCGAGACCAAGCUGACCCUGGUCUUUGAGCAUGUUGACCAGGACCUGACCACAUACCUGGAGAAAGCCCCUGAUCCUGGGGUGCCACCUGAAACUAUCAAGGAUAUGAUGUACCAGCUGCUGCAGGGGUUGGACUUCCUGCACUCACACCGUGUGGUUCACCGGGACCUGAAACCCCAGAACAUCCUGGUCACCAGCGGAGGACAGAUAAAACUGGCCGACUUCGGUCUUGCCAGAAUAUACAGCUUUCAGAUGGCCCUGACCUCCGUGGUGAGAACCUUACUAAUAUACAGCUUUCAGAUGGCCCUGACCUCCGUGCGGGCACUGAAGGGCACCAGCCUGCACGGCAGAGAGAAGACCAGUAAACGAUAUGGGGUGUGCAGAGUGAGAUUGAAGGAAGGGCUGAAGAGACGCAAGUCUCAGGAAUCCCUGAAGUGGACGUGA